AAUUUAGAAAAAGAUUUUAACCUAAUUUCAAUUUUCGAAGUGCAUGUCGAUAAUUUUGGAAUAUGUAAAUAUUGCCUAAUUUUUUUUUGAAAUUUCAGAUUAGUGUCUUUUAGUUGCCAGCAAACGUUAAGAAUAUCGUAACUAAACAAUGUCUAAAAUUUUUGAGAGUGACGAUGAAAAUGAUGUGAACGAAAAUUUCCAAACCAAUAAUGAAUAUGCCAGGAACUACAGUAAAUGGAGAAACAAGGAGGAACAAAACAGGCUGAAAACUAAGUACGGAGAAGAUAUCGAACAAAAUGAUUCUUCUUCCAGCUCCUCAGACGAUGAGGAAGGUGUUGAAUUAACGCCAGCUUUCGAAAAGGAUUUCUUCAAAACUCUCUCUUUAUUAAAGAGCAAAGACCCCAGCAUUUAUGACAAAAAUGUUCACUUCUUUCAAGAAACAGAGAAAACUGCCAGCGGAGAGAAACCUAAGAAAACAAAAAAAGAACAACCAAUGUAUUUGAAAGAUUAUGAAAGGAAAAUCAUUCUUGAAAAAGGGGGCGUCUUGAGCGAUGAAGAGGAUGAAAUUGUAAAUGAAAACAAACCGAGGUCUCGCACAUAUGUUGAGGAGCAACAAAGCAUCAAAGAGGGUUUCAAAAAACUUCUUGAUGACAGCGAUGAGGAAGAGGAAGAUGGGUGGGGCGGCAUUUUACAACAGAGGAAAAAAACUAAAGAGGAAGCAGAAAAAGAAGAAGCUGACUAUAAAAGUUGGUUGGCUGGUCAGCAAACACAAUUGGACGACAAAGAGGUAGAGACAGAAUUGAAGCCUCUUAAAGAUUAUUGGAAUAAACCUGAUCUGGAUGACGGCGAGAAGUUUUUGAGGGAUUACAUUUUGAAGAAGAGAUUUUUGGAUACGGAACAAGAUGAUGAUUAUGUCCCGACUUAUGAUGAAAUCGUACACGAUUCCGACCAAGAUUUAUCCAAUGACGAGGAAAACAUUGAAAAACAAGAAGAAUUUGAGCACAAAUACAAUUUCAGAUUCGAAGAACCCGACCAAGAGUUUAUAAAAAGAUAUCCUCGUACUUUGGAGGGUUCCUUGAGAAUGAAAGACGACAGGAGAAAAGUCAAAAGACAAGAAACGAAAGAAAGGAAGAAGAAAGAGAAGGAGGAAAAGAUGCAGGAGUUGAAGAAGUUGCAGGAGUUGAAACGACAGGAAAUCGAGGAAAAGCUUGACAAACUUAAAGAAAUCACGGGAAAUGCCAGUUUAGGAUUUGAGGACAAUUAUAUUGACGGCGACUUUGAUCCUGAGGAACACGACAGGAAAAUGCAAGCUCUUUUCAAUGACGAGUUCUAUGCUGUAGAGGAAGGCGAACAAAAGCCUCAAUUUCCAGAACUAGAUGAAGAGUUAGAGAUUGAAAAUUGGGAACGGUACGAUGCUGAGAAAGAAGAUUCUGGCAAUCAAUGGGACAAUGAAAACUUUAAUAUGGAUUGCGACUACGAUCCCCAAGCUUCUGCACCAGACGAUACCACAGAGAGUGGCAAAAGUAGAAAGAGGCGCAAGAGGAAAUCGAGAUUUGCGGCGGCUCUUAGCAAACCCAAACCAAAAUACGACCCCAGCGAUAAGAAUUACGAGAAAUAUUUUGACGAGUAUUACAAAUUGGAUUGCGAAGAUAUUGUGGGGGACAUCCCAUGUAGAUUCAAGUACAGACAAGUCGUUCCUAAUGAUUUCGGACUGUCAACGGAGGAGAUAUUACUUGCAAAUGAGCGAGAACUCAACAAAUGGUGUUCACUAAAGAAGGCCGUACAAAUAAGGCCGGAUCACGUGGAGAAAUACGAACAGAUCGCUUACAAAAAAAAGGGACAAAAUAUCAACCUCAAAAUGAAAAUUCUGCCAAGUCUUUUCUCGAAAGAACCUGAAAACGUUACGAAGGAAAAUGGAAUUGAAAUAUCGAAAGAAGAUAAGAUUGAUACAACUGCAGUUGAAAAUAAUGCGGAUAAAAAGGAAGAUGACUCUAAUGCAGCACUUCAAGUCCAUAAAGAAACUGUGGUAAACAAUGAAAAUGAAAGUUCGAAGAAAAAGCGAAAGAAGAAAGUAAAAAAAGAUGAAAAUCAGGUUGUGGAUGAAGUUCCCAUUGAAGGUGUUGUGCUGCAAACAAAAAAAAAGAAGAAGAAUAAAAAGAAGAAGACUGAAACCCAGACAGAAGAGGUCACACAAACUAAAAAGAAUAAACCAGUUUCUGAAGAUAACUUUCAAAUCAAGACUAACAAGAAAAGGAAACGAAGUGAUAGUGAAGGUGUUGGUAAAAAAUCCAAGACACCUAAAAAGAUGCGGUCUAGUAACGAUGUAACAAACAUUUCGGACGCUAGACUUUCAGCAUAUGGUAUCAACCCCAAAAAGUUCAAGAACAAGUUGAAAUACGGGAAGUAGGAGCACUGCUUUUAAAAAUUUCAUUAUGCACAGUUGUAUAUAUAAAAAGGAAGUUUAUAUAAUUUUAUUCGAAGUAUGAUGUAAAAUUACAUUAUUUU